UUGAAACAUGAAAACAACAGAAAAUAUUUAUAAGUCAUGAAAGAGGACACGAAUAUAUAUAAAUUGAUAAGAUAUAACACAGAAGAAUUAGAUAUUAACUUCAAAUUGUGAAUUAUGGAGGAAGAUAAUCACCGCAAGAAUAAGAUUUCCAAUUUUUUGGGAAAUCUAAAUAAAGCGAAUAACACGGUGGAAAAAAUUAGCAAACAGAAAGUGAUGAAAAUAAGAUCGGAGUUGCAUAAGGAUUCUCUCUGGAUGUUUCGGGUGUUAAUAAUAUGCUUCAAGCUUAUCGGUCUCGCUACGUUCACCUAUCGCAUUGACACAUCGAAAAAGAGGACGUUAUAUACAUUCCAGUAUUCCAAAUUUGGUAUUGUCUACAACACCGUGCUAAUCAGUUUAAUGGUUGCUUCGAACUAUCUAUCAAUACCAUACAGCAUAAACUUGCAGUACGAAAACAAGACGAAUUUGACUGUAGGCAUCGAACUUGUACAAACUAUACUUGGCACUCUCGUGAUCUGCACGAUUCUGCUCUUCUAUUGCAUCGAUCAAAAAUCCUUAGUGCGAAUCAUAAAUCGAUUGACAGACGUUGAGCACGAGAUUGAUCAUCUGUAUCAUCUUUAUAAACCGCUGCGACGACAGCGUGUCUUGUGUACCUUGAUUAUUGCCUGCAUCAUGAACAUUUGUCUGCUGAUCGUUCUCCUGAUCACCGAGUUUCUAGCCUUCCAUUCGACCCCGAUUUCCUGGCUAUCGGACAUCCUGCCGUCAUUUCAUGUGGGGUGGAUGAUAAUACAGUAUUUUCUGCUGGUCACGAUCAUUCAGGCGGACUUCGCUGACGUGAAUCGGGCGAUAGAGAACUUGUCCAGGGUCAGCACACCGGAUCUUCGAUCGCAAUCCUUCUGUCAGACGCGCCGCAUCAUCGUCAGCAACUCUACCGUUCGUCAGCUGCUGCAAUUGCGAGAUGUGCAUUGUCAUCUCUGCGAGAUCUCGGGGAAUGUGUCGGAUUUUUAUUCAUUGCCAAUAUUGUUCGGCGUCAUUUUCCUUUUUUUGUCACUUAUAUAUAACGGCUAUUACCUUCUUUCGCCUCUGUUGAUGUCCGACGAAGUUUUACAAUACGAGAUUUUUAGUAACACCGUCUUCUGGCUAAUAUAUCUAAUUUACCCCAUUUCUCUCCUCACCAACAGAAUUACUAGGAUUUCGAACGAGAUGGAGAAAACGGGUAAUAUAGUUCAUAAUAUCUUAAGUUGCGCGAUCGGCAAAGAAGUAAAGUCAGAGCUCAAGCAAUUUUCGCUUCAAAUACUACAUCGUAAGAUACGAUUCACAGCUAAUGGAUACUUCACGCUUGAUAACAGUUUUAUUUAUUCGCUGAUCGGUACUGUGGUGACGUAUCUGGUGAUACUUGUACAAUUUCAAAUGGGAAGCACGAGAUCACAAUGUAAUUGUACAUGUGAAAACUCGUAAAACACAGAAUAA